GCCAUCGGGGAGAAGCUCCCGGCAUCGGCCCCAGCCGAGCGUUUCAGCCCUGUCUGCCUCCUGAGAGCAGUGACGGCUCCAUCCCUGCCUUUUCCUCCCUCCAGGCUCCUCACCAACGUGGUGAGCGGUUUGCUGAACUCUUCGCUCUGCUCUUUCCUCCCGAUGGUGUUUUGCCCAUUAGUGAAUGCUUGGUUCAGCAUCGUCAACGCCGAGCUGCAGCUUCUCAACCGCGUUGUCCCUUUUGGACUCCUUGGGAAGCUCCAUUCUGCACUCUCCAGCCUGCCGCUGACCUCGGAGCACUCCAUGGAUCUGGACCUGCAGAAAUCCCCAUUCCCAGCUGUGUUCAUCGAUUGGCUGCUGCGCACUGCAGGCAUCGACCCCAGCAGUGGGCAGUAGGUGAAUGCUCCCCUGCCCCGCGCUGUGCUGUGGGUGAGGCUGACCUGCACCCCUCUGCUGCUCCUGGCAAUAAAAAAGGACUUUUUUCCUCAUCUGCAUUCAGCACGUGGUUUGGGUUCUUUCCAAAGGAGCUUUGCAUUUGUGAGGGUUUUGCUCCUCAGCUCGCGGAGCGCCGUGCUUGCAAGGGGCAGUCAGGGGCAGAGCUGCAGAA